AGCGCUUCCACUAGGAUAUCGAUUAAGACACGUUGGUUCAUCAGAGACAGAGAACUCAUACAGUUUCUUUAACAUCGAUGAUGAUGUGGAAAAUGAUGGUGGCAAUGAUGUUGGCAAUGGUGAUGAAAAUGUUGUUGGCAAUG